AUCGGAUCUCGCUGAGCUCGUCAAUCACCGCAUUUCUUUACUAAUCGCCCCUUCUCGAAGAGAUUAAUCUUUAGAAGCGCUUAACCAUGAAGUGUUUUGAGUUGAGCUUCCAAGAAACAGAGGGAAGCUAGAGAGCCUCGAAAGGAUCCUCGGAUUCUCUACGGGCUGCCAUGGGAGAGGGGAGAUAGCUUCCCUUUUCCAAUCACCCUCUCACUGGAGUUGCGGCAGCCGUCCAGUCUUCAGUCCCCCAGUGUGUGCUCCUACCCAUUGUCGGCGGCGGCCGCCGCCGCGGUUCGUCCUCUCGCUCCUGCUCCGCAGCCACCUAGCGAGUUCCUCUGUGCGCGUAUUUGGUAAGAGAGGACGAAUGAAUGACUCUUCUUUGAGGUCAACAAUCAGCUUUUCUUGAGAGUUUCUGAGAAGUGUCCCAGCUCACAGCUAAUCAUAUCCUUGGGCACAAGAAUAUGUCGUCCAAGAGACUACAUGGCGUGUUUACCCUUCUUAUGCUCAUGGUUUUCAAUGUUUCAGGGGCAUUUGUUGGUAUCACUAUUGGCAAUGACAUGUCAAACAUACCACCAGCAACAGAUAUAGUGUCUAUCCUCAAAGCAAAAAAGAUUCAGCAUGUUCGCCUGCUUGAUUCAGACCAUCAAAUGUUGAAUGCCCUUGCAAAUACUGGAAUAGAAGUGAUGGUUGGGGUUCCAAAUGAUCAGCUACUUCGUGUGGGCCAAUCUCGUUCCACAGCUGCUGAUUGGAUUAAUAAGAAUGUCGGUGCUUACAUUCCGGCGACUAACAUCACAUAUAUUGCUGUGGGUAAUGAGGUCCUUACUACCAUUCCCAAUGCAGCACUUGUACUCGUACCUGCACUGCAAUUCCUCCAGUCAGCACUGUUGGCUGCGAACCUCAAUACUCAAGUGAAAAUUUCAAGUCCUCAUUCAAUGGAUGUGAUCUCAAAGGCCUUUCCACCCUCUGCUGCGACUUUCAAUUUGACAUGGAGCUCAAUAAUGUCUCAAUAUCUUCAGUUUCUCAAGAAUACGGGAUCUUCGUUUAUGCUGAAUGCCCAACCAUACUAUGGCUAUGUCGGAGGGCAAGGCGUAUUUCCCUUGGAGUAUGCACUAUUCCGCUCACUUAAUCCGAACAGUCAAAUCUCAGAUCCUAACACCAAUCUCUUUUAUACCAAUAUGUUUGAUGCUAUAAUUGAUGCUACCUACAACUCAAUUCAAGCAAUGAAUUUUACGGGCAUUCCUGUUUUAGUCACAGCUUCUGGUUGGCCAUGGCGUGGUGGGCCAAGUGAGAAGGCUGCUACUGUUGAUAAUGCUUUGGCCUAUAAUACAAACCUCAUACAUCAUGUACUGAACAAUUCUGGUACUCCCAGCCAACCGAAUAAUCAGCCAAGCACCUACAUCUUUGAACUUUUCAAUGAGGAUAAUCGGUCAGGGCCUGUAUCAGAGCAAAAUUGGGGGAUUAUGUUUCCCAAUGCAACCACUAUAUAUUCUCUAUCAUUUGAGGACGUGGCCACAGCUAUUCCUGAAUCACCAGCUUUGCGUGGGGUGUUUUGUGUGGCAAAUUCAAGUGCAUCCCAUAGUGCACUGAAGCAUAGUUUGGAUUGGGCAUGUGGCCCUGGUUCUGCAAACUGCAGUGCAGUUCAACCUGGGCAACCAUGCUAUGCAUCAGAUGAUAUUGUAGCUGUUGCUUCUUAUGCUUUCAACGAUUAUUACCAUAGAACACAGUCUAGUGGUGGUACAUGCAACUUCAAUGGCACCGCGAUGAUAACAUCGACUGAUCCAAGCCAUGGUUCAUGCAUUUUCAGUGGAAGCGCUGGCGCCAACGGCAGCAACGGUGGAACAGCAUCCGGGCCUGUAAGCCCGGACAGUUUUGCUUCAAAAUCCCAGUCGUGCUGGCUGACUCACCUAGUAGCCACAUUGCUGCCAAUUCUAUUUGUAGUGAUGUAAAUCAUUGUAAUCAUGUCGCAUUUUGGAUGAGAUGCCCGCAAUUUAUCGUGGAUCUUGUCAUUAGAUACAGUAGUGACUAGCGAGCCAUUUGUUCUGCUGUAUUCAGGUAGAUGCCAUGUAACCUUAUCCCAGAAUUUCUUGCCCUAGGAAUCAGUACUUCGUCAAAUCAUCAAUUUUGAACGCCAACUUGGAAAAUUGAGCUGUGACAAGCCGAGAACUCUCU